CGCUGAUGCAGCUUGUAGCUCUUGCCCAGCGUUUCUUGGGAGGGGAACGUUGGGGAGGCUGUAGCUGCUGGGGAAAAUUACUUCUAAAUAUCACGGCUGUAAAUUAAAGUGCAGAAACUGAAGGGAGUACAUUCCUAUGGUAAUUGGACAGUGUCAAGUCUCAUUUCUGUAAGGUCGUUAGUUAUACUUUUUUGCUGACGCCCAGCAAGUAUUUUUGUACACGGACCCUAAACGACAGACAGCAAAAAUGGAAGAUGAAGAGGGAGAAUAUGAGGAAUAUGAAGAGUACGAAGUGGAGGAGAUUAUUACGUACCAUACAUAUGAAGGUGAAAAGAUGAUAAAGGGAAAAGAGAUUACAAAGGUUACGGAGGUAACAAAGGAGUCUGAGCCACAAACAUACAUUCGAGAAGUGAGAACAGUUUCUGAACCACAAACAUUUAUUCGUGAGGUUACAGAACCACAUACAGUCAUUCGAGAGGUUACACAACCAUACACAGUUGUUCAAGAGGUUCAUAAGUCUGGCUCGGGUCUACCUGUCAGAGAAGUGAGAAGGAGGAAGAAGGUAGACAGGACAACGUUUUCAACUCCUUACCUUGAACACAGUCAUAAGAUGAAGGACCUGUUCAGUUCGAACAAGUACAAGGAAGAUUUUGAGAAGGAGAAAGGAAAGCCAUAUGCCAUUAUCUCAGACACUCCGGAGCUGAAGAGAAUUCGGAAGGCUCAGGAACAGAUGAGUGAGGUCAAGUAUCGUUCAGAUGGUGACAAGGCAAAGACGAUUUGCCACGUUGAUGGAACAGCCCGGGAUAUUGAACACGCCAAAAAUGUUUCGCAGUUGGUUAGCAAGGUGUUGUACAAACAGAAAUGGGAAGACACCAAGGAUGUUUAUCAAUUGCCACCGGAUGCUCCUGAGCUUGUCCGAGCUGUGAAAUUUGCCGAAAACUUCAGUCCGAAAUUAUAUAAAGAGGCCUGGGAAGAAGAAAAGCCUUUCUAUUAUCCUUACAGUGACAGCCCAGAGCUGAGACGAGUUGCCAACGCUCAGAAAGCUCUGAGUGAUAUUGAAUACAAGAAAAACCACAAUGAACAUCUGUCAAAAUACACUUCACUGGCCGAUCCACCAGAUGUUGAGAUGGCAAAAAAGGUUGUCAAUCAACUGAGCGAUAUUAAGUACCAUAAAGACUACAACAAGAAUAAGGGCAAGUGGAGCCAGACACCUUGCUAUGAUGUCGCAGUUGCCCGAAUGAAUGCUGACAAUUUGAGCACUAAAAAAUAUAACGAGGGCUAUGAGGAAAUGAAAGACCAAAUUUACUUCAUGCAAACUGAAACUCCCGAAUAUAAAGCCAGCAAGCGUUCUCAAAAUGCUACUAGCCCGAUAAAAUACAGACAAGAUUAUGAGAAGACCAAAAAUAAAACUGAUUACAACACCCUACCAGCUACAAAAAAUCCUCUGCUUCAACAGUUGAAGAAAGCCAGUGAUAUAGCAAGUGAUAUAAAGUACAAGAAUGAUUACGAAAAGGCUAGCAAAAGUAGCAUCAAUUACUGUGAAACUCCAAAGUUCAAAACUGACCGAGUGCUCGCAAAUCUCAGUGAUGUCAAAUAUAAGCAGAUUUAUGAAGAUAAUAUCAAGGGCCAUUAUGUUGGCAGCCAUGAGGAUCCGUACACGAUUCACUGUUUGAAAGUUGGAGCAAUGAAAAGUGAUAAAAAUUAUAAGGCCGACUAUGAGAUGGAUAAAGGAAGCUGUUACUUCCCCCAAACUGUUACCCCAGAGUAUGAAGCUAUGAAGAAUUCUUACCAGUGUAAAGAUCAAGUCUAUAAGAAGCAUCCUGAUAAAAUCAAGUUUACGCAAGUGGCUGAUUCUCCAGUGAUGUUGCAAGCGAAGCUCAAUGCUAAACAACUGAGUGAUCUAAACUACAAAGCGGACUACGAGAAGAAGAAGUUCAAAUGCACUAUUCCUCCUGAUAACCCCUUUUUCAUCCAGUCACGGGUGAAUGCAUACAAUCUGAGUGACAAUUGCUACAACUAUGACUGGAACAAAGAAAAGGCCAAACAUUGCAAUAUCAGAGAGGAUUCAAUCCCUGUGGUUGCAGCAAAGGCGCAUGCAAAUAUUGCAAGUGAUGUCAAAUAUAAACAAAGCUAUGAAAAGGCUCGUGGGAAGCACAUUGGAGCUCAGUGCAUAGAAGAUGAUCCUAAGAUCUUACACUCUGUGCAUGUGGCAAAGAUGCAGAGUGAGCGUGCAUAUAAAAAGGACUAUGAGGACACAAAGACUAAAUAUCACACUCCACUUGAUAUGAUCAAUGUCUCCCAGGCCAAGAAGGCUCAGGAAAUUGCCAGCAACUCACAUUAUAAACAACCAAUAAGUCGUUACUUUAUGCCUCCUGACAGUUUGCCUCUGAAUUUGGCUAAGAAGUCCUACAGUUUGCAAAGUGAUAACGAGUAUAAAGCCGAGUAUAAUAGCUGGCAAAAAGGCAUUGGUUGGGUUCCUUUUGGCUCCGUGGAUGUUGAAAAGGCGAAGAGAGCCAUGGAUAUCCUCAAUGAGAGAAAGUAUCGCCAGCCACCAGACACGAUUAAAUUCACGUCAAUAGAAGAUGCCCCAGAAACAGUCUUGGCAAAGGCUAACCAAGCACAGAGGAGCGAUAUCAACUACAAAGCCAAAGGAGAGAAGAUCAUUCAUAAGUACACUUAUCCACCUGAUGUGCCAGAGUUUAUUCAGGCUAAAGUCAAUGCUAUUAAUGUCAGUGAUAACUGCUACAAACAAGCAUGGAAAAAAGAUUUAUCAAAGGGCUGUAACAUUACUUUUGAUGCUAUUCCAAUUAUUGCUGCUAAAUCUGCCCGGCAAAAUGCCAGUGAUGUGAAAUACAAGAAAGCUUACGAGCAAGAGAAAGGAAAACAUUUUGGCUUCCAGAGCCUCCAAGAUGAUCCAAAGCUGGUCCAUUCCAUGCACGUGGCCAAGCUCCAGUCUGACCGUGAAUAUAAGAAAGACUAUGAGAAAAGCAAGACCAAAUACCAUACACCACUGGACAUGGUCAACAUUACUACUGCCAAAAAGUCCCAGGAAGUGGCCAGCAACAGUAACUACAGGCAGCCGGUCCAUCACUAUACCUAUCUGCCAGAUGCCAUGAGCCUGGAACUGUCGAAGAACAUGAUGAACAUACAGAGUGAUAACCUGUACAAAUCUGAUUACAAUAACUGGUUGAAAGGCAUUGGCUGGAGUCCGCUUGGCUCAAUAGAUGUGGAGAAAGUGAAGAAAGCUGGACAAGUACUAGAUGAGCAUAGUUACAGGCAGCACCCAGGUAAACUCAAGUUUACCAGUGUGCCUGACUCCGUUGAAAUGGUGCUGGCUAAAACCAAUGCACUACAGCUUAAUGAUAAACUAUACAGAUCUGGUGGAGAGAAGAUCAAGCACAAGUACACUUUGCCAUCAGACGUUCCCCAGUUCAUUCAAGCUCAAUGGAAUGCAGUCAACCUCAGUGACAAUUGCUAUAAGAAUAAAUGGAAAAAGUCACUAGCUAAAGGAUAUCAUCUUGAGCCUGAUGCAAUUCCUAUUGUUGCAGCCAAAUCAUCAAGACGUAUUGCUAGUGAUUACAAAUACAAAGAGGCCUAUGAGAAAGAAAAGGGCAAACAUGUUGGUUUCCGCAGUCUGCGAGAUGAUCCAAAGCUGGUCCAUUCCAUGCACGUGGCCAAGCUCCAGUCUGACCGUGAAUACAAGAAAGACUAUGAGAAAAGCAAGACUAAAUACCAUACACCACUGGACAUGGUCAACAUUACUACUGCCAAAAAGUCCCAGGAAGUGGCCAGCAACAGUAACUACAGGCAGCCGGUCCAUCACUAUACCUAUCUGCCAGAUGCCAUGAGCCUGGAACUGUCGAAGAACAUGAUGAACAUACAGAGCGAUAAUCUGUACAAGCAAGACUACAAUUGCUGGCAGAAGGGAAUAGGCUGGUUCCCACUAGGCUCACUUGAUGUGGAGAAGGCCAAGAAAGCAGGAGAUGUCUUGAAUGAACAUAAAUACCGUCAGCAUCCAGACAGGCUGAAAUUCACCAGUGUCACUGACUCUGUGAACAUGGUUCUUGCCACAAGUAACACUAAGCAGUUGAAUGAAAUGAACUAUAAAAAGUCUGGUGAAGAUGUGAAACACAAGUAUACUCUUGACAUUCAAUAUCCACCAUUCGUACAAGCUAAGGUCAACGCUCAUAACUUAAGUGAUCAACGCUAUAAGCAAGCCUGGCUGAAGACAAUAGCUCAAGGCCAUGAUAUCCGGGAAGAUGCCAUUCCAAUUGUUGCGGCCAAAGCCUCAAGGAACAUUGCAAGUGAUUAUAGAUACAAAGCAGCCCAUGAGAAGGAAAAAGGUAAACACGUUGGCUUCCGCAGCCUCCAAGAUGACCCUAAGUUGGUCCAUUCCAUGCAUGUAGCCAAGAUUCAGUCUGAGCGUGAAUACAAGAAAGACUAUGAGAAGAGCAAGACCAAGUAUCACACCCCACCUGAUAUGCUCAACAUUACCUCUGCCAAGAAAUCCCAGGAAGUGGCCAGCAACAGCAACUACAGGAAUCUAAUUCACAACUACACUUAUCUGCCAGAUGCCAUGAGUGUGGUACUGUCCAGGAACAUGAUGGACAUACAGAGUGAUAACAAUUACAAAUCGGAUUAUAAUAACUGGUUUAAAGGUCUUGGCUGGGUUCCUAUUGGCUCCUUGGAUGUAGAGAAGGCAAAGAAAGCAACAGACAUAGCAAGUGAGAAGAAAUACCGUCAACAUCCAGAAAAACUUGCAUUCACAAGCAUCCCUGAUUCUCUUGAAAUGGUUUUGGCUAAGAGUAAUGCACAGAUAAUGAACAAGAAAUUAUACACUCAAGCUUGGGAUGAAGAUAAGAACAAAGUCCAUGUUAUGCCAGACACACCAGGAAUUGUGUUAUCCAAAGUCAACCAGUUGAAUAUGAGUGAGAAAUUAUACAGAUCUGGCUGGGAGAGUGCAAAGAAGAAAGGCUAUAAUCUGAUGCCUGAUGCCAUUUCAAUAAAAGCAGCAAAAGCCAACAGGGAUAUAGCCAGUGAUUAUAAAUACAAACUUGCCUAUGAAAAGGCAAAGGGAAAACACAUUGGUUUCCGCAGCCUGCAGGAUGAUCCUAAGCUUGUCCACUUCAUGCAUGUUGCCAAACUUCAGUCGGAUCGUGAGUACAAGAAAGACUACGAGAAGUCAAAGACAAAGUACAACACACCGCUGGACAUGUUUGGUAUUACAGCUGCUAAACAUUCUCAGGAAGUAGCCAGCAACAUCAACUAUAAACGCCUCAUCCAUCACUAUAUAACCCCUCCUGAUUCAGUGAAUUUGGAAUUGGCCAGGAACAUGAUGAACAUACAGAGUGAUCUUCUCUAUAAGUCAGACUACACCGGUUUUAUGAAAGGUAUGGGCUGGAUGUCCAUUGGCUCACUGGAGGAUGAAAAGAACAAGCGAGCUUCAAAUAUCCUAUGUGAGAAAAAGUAUCGUCAACACCCGGAGACUUUGAAAUAUACCAUUGAUAUGGAAUCCAUGCCUAUGGAGCUUGCUAAAGUCAAUGCCAAAAUCAUGAAUACACAUCUAUACAAGGAAGCCUGGGAAAAAGACAAGAUCCAAGUCCAUGUGAUGCCAGAUACACCAGAAAUUGCACUUGCAAAAGUGAACCAGUACAACAUCAGUGAGAAAAUGUAUAGACAGAGCAUGGAAGAGGACAAGAAGAAGGGUUAUGAUCUCCGUGCUGAUGCCAUUCCGAUCAAAGCCGCCAAAGCCUCAACUAAUAUUGCUAGUGAUUAUAAAUAUAAGCAGGCUUACGAGAAGAGUAGAGGGAGGCACGUUGGUUUCCGGAAUUUGCAGGAUGACCCUAAGCUGGUCCAUUCCAUGCAUGUAGCCAAACUGCAGUCUGAACGUGAAUAUAAAAAGGAUUAUGAAAAGAGCAAGACCAAGUACCACAUGCCAUUGGAUAUGCUAAGUCUUAUGACUGCUAAGAAGUCACAGGAGGUAGCAACUAAUGCCAACUACAGACAGGCAUUCCACAAUUUCACGUAUUUACCUGACGCCAUGAACCUCGAACUUUCCAGAAAGAUGAUGAACAUACAGAGUGAUAACAAUUAUAAAGCAGACCUUCAGUGGCUGAGGGGGAUUGGUUGGAGUCCCGCUGGAUCAUUAGAUGUUGAGAAGGCUAAGAAAGCAACAGAGAUUGCGAGUGAGAAGAAAUACCGCCAGCAUCCAGAGACCUUCAGGUUCACAAGCCCGUCUGACUCUAUUGAGAUGGUCUUGGCUAAGACUAAUACACAAAUGAUGAAGAAGAAUCUGUAUACAGAAGCAUGGGAGAAAGACAAAACUAAGGUUCACGUGACAUUGGAUCAUCCAGAUAUCUUACAAGCUAAGGCCAACGCUCAUAUAUUCAGUAAUAACAUAUAUAAAUUUGGCUGGGAACAAUCCAAGAAAAAAGGUUAUGACCUCAGGCCUGAUGCUAUAUCAAUAAAGGCUGCCAAAGCAUCGACAAAUAUUGCAAGUGAUUACAAGUACAAAACAGCUUACCGCAAGCAGCUUGGUCACCAUGUUGGAUGCCGUAACCUUCAGGAUGACCCCAAGAUGGUUUGGUCCAUGCACGUGGCCAAGAUCCAGAGUGACCGGGAAUACAAAAAGAACUUUGAGAAAACAAAGACCAAGUUCAACAUGCCAGUCGACAUGCUGGACAUCCUGUUGGCCAAGAAAUGCCAGACGCUGGUCAGUGACAUUGACUACAGGCGGUACCUGCAUCAGUGGACCUGCCUGCCAGACCAGACUGAUGUGAUCCAGGCAAGGAAGGCCUACAAUCUGCAAAGUGAUAUUCUAUACAAAUCAGACCUUGGGUGGCUAAAGGGUAUCGGAUGGUCUCCUAUAGAUUCACUAGACGUGGCCAAAGUCAAAAAAGCUGGAGAGAUCCUGAGUGAGAACAAUUACCGUCAGCACCCUUCCAAGUUGAAGUUCACCAGUUUGUCUGACUCCAUGGAUAUGGCCCUGGCAAAGAAUAAUGCACAUAUAAUGAACAAGAGACUUUACACAGAAACUUGGGAGAAGGACAAGGUGAAGAUUCAUGUCAUGCCUGACACUCCUGAGAUUCAACUGGCCAAAGCGAACACACUGAACAUGAGUGAUAAACUGUACAGACUCGCUAUGGAGGAAGAUAAGAAGAAGGGCUACGAUUUACGCCCUGAUGCUAUCUCAAUCAAAGCAGCCAAAGCGUCCCGUGAUAUCGCUAGUGAUUACAAAUACAAAAGAGCCUACCGCAAGCAGCUUGGUCACCAUGUUGGAUGCCGUAACCUUCAGGAUGACCCCAAGAUGGUUUGGUCCAUGCACGUGGCCAAGAUCCAGAGUGACCGGGAAUACAAGAAGGACUUUGAGAAAACAAAGACCAAGUUCAACAUGCCAGUCGACAUGCUGGACAUCCUGUUGGCCAAGAAAUGCCAGACACUGGUCAGUGACAUUGACUACAGGCGGUAUCUGCACCAGUGGACCUGUCUACCAGACCAGACUGAUGUGAUCCAGGCAAAGAAGGCUUAUGAUUUGCAAAGUGAUAUUCUAUACAAAUCAGACCUUGGGUGGCUAAAGGGUAUCGGAUGGUCUCCUAUAGAUUCACUAGACGUGGCCAAAGUGAAAAAAGCUGGAGAGAUCCUGAGUGAGAACAAUUACCGUCAGCACCCUUCCAAGUUGAAGUUCACCAGUUUGCCUGACUCCAUGGAUAUGACCCUGGCAAAGAAUAAUGCUAAAACAAUGGACAAGCAUGCAUACACCGAAGCAUGGGAAGCAGACAAGACCAAAAUUCACAUUCUUCCAGAUACACCACAAAUAAUAUUAGCAAAACAGAAUCAGAUCACUUGCAGUGACAAAUUGUACAGACUCGGUAUGGAAGAGUCAAAGAAGAAAGGUCAUAACCUGAAUGCUGAUGCCAUUCCAAUUAAGGCAGCAAAAGCCUCCCGAGAUAUUGCGAGUGAUUACAAAUACAAAACAGCUUACCGCAAGCAGCUUGGUCACCAUGUUGGAUGCCGUAACCUUCAGGAUGACCCCAAGAUGGUUUGGUCCAUGCAUGUGGCCAAGAUCCAGAGUGACCGGGAAUACAAGAAGGACUUUGAGAAAACAAAGACCAAGUUCAACAUGCCAGUCGACAUGCUGGACAUCCUGUUGGCCAAGAAAUGCCAGACUCUGGUCAGUGACAUUGACUACAGGCGGUACCUGCACCAGUGGACCUGCCUGCCAGACCAGACUGAUGUGAUCCAGGCAAGGAAAGCCUAUGAUCUGCAAAGUGACAUCCAGUACAAAGCUGAUCUUCAGUGGCUAAAAGGCAUUGGCUGGAUCCCAGCUGGAUCUCUGGAUGUUGAAAAGGCCAAAAAAGCCAGCGAAAUUCUUAGUGAGAAAAACUACCGUCAGCCUCCAAGCACUUUCAAGUUUACCAGUUUAGUCGAUUCCAUGCCUUUAGUCCUUGCAAAGCAUAAUUCAAACACUCUUAACCAGCGCUUGUACACUGAGGCAUGGGAAAAAGACAAGGUUCAGAUCCAUAUUAUGCCAGAUACCCCAGAGAUAUUGCUGGCAAGCCAGAACAAGAUAAAUUAUAGUGAUAAACAAUAUCGACUUGCGCUAGAAGAAUCAAAGAAAAAAGGAUAUGAUCUACGCCCUGAUGCCAUCUCUAUUAAGGCUGCCAAGGCAUCAAGAGACAUUGCCAGUGAUUACAAAUACAAAACAGACUACCGCAAGCAGCUUGGCCACCACAUUGGAUGCCGUAACCUUCAGGAUGACCCCAAGAUGGUUUGGUCCAUGCACGUGGCCAAGAUCCAGAGUGACCGGGAAUACAAGAAGGACUUUGAGAAAACAAAGACCAAGUUCAACAUGCCAGUUGACAUGUUGGACAUCCUGUUGGCCAAGAAAUGCCAGACUCUGGUCAGCGACAUUGACUACAGACGGUACCUGCACCAAUGGACCUGUCUUCCCGACCAGACUGAUGUGAUCCAGGCAAGGAAGGCCUAUGAUCUGCAAAGUGAUAUUCUAUACAAAUCAGACCUUGGGUGGCUAAAGGGUAUCGGAUGGUCUCCUAUAGAUUCACUAGAUGUGGCCAAAGUCAAAAAAGCUGGAGAGAUCCUGAGUGAGAACAAUUACCGUCAGCACCCUUCCAAGUUGAAGUUCACCAGUUUGUCUGACUCCAUGGAUAUGACCCUGGCAAAGAAUAAUGCACAGAUCAUGAACAAGCGUGCAUACAUCGAAGCCUGGGAAGCAGACAAGACUAAAAUUCAUGUCAUGCCAGAUACUCCAGAGAUAACAUUGGCGAGACAGAACCAGAUGACCUGCAGUGAUAAACUGUACAGACUCGCUAUGGAGGAAGAUAAGAAGAAGGGCUACGAUUUGCGCCCUGAUGCUAUCUCAAUCAAAGCAGCCAAAGCGUCCCGUGAUAUCGCUAGUGAUUACAAAUACAAAACAGCUUACCGCAAGCAGCUUGGUCACCAUGUUGGAUGCCGUGACAUUCAGGAUGACCCCAAGAUGGUUUGGUCCAUGCACGUGGCCAAGAUCCAGAGUGACCGGGAAUACAAGAAGGAUUUUGAGAAAACAAAGACCAAGUUCAACAUGCCAGUCGACAUGCUGGACAUCCUGUUGGCCAAGAAAUGCCAGACACUGGUCAGUGACAUUGACUACAGACAUUACCUGCACCAAUGGACCUGCCUGCCAGACCAAAAUGAUGUGAUCCAGGCAAGGAAGGCCUAUGAUCUGCAAAGUGAUAUUCUAUACAAAUCAGACCUUGGGUGGCUAAAGGGUAUCGGAUGGUCUCCUAUAGAUUCACUAGACGUGGCCAAAGUCAAAAAAGCUGGAGAGAUCCUGAGUGAGAACAAUUACCGUCAGCACCCUUCCAAGUUGAAGUUCACCAGUUUGUCUGACUCCAUGGAUAUGACCCUGGCAAAGAAUAAUGCACAGAUCAUGAACAAGCGUGCAUACAUCGAAGCCUGGGAAGCAGACAAGACUAAAAUUCAUGUCAUGCCAGAUACUCCAGAGAUAACAUUGGCGAGACAGAACCAGAUGACCUGCAGUGAUAAACUGUACAGACUCGCUAUGGAGGAAGAUAAGAAGAAGGGCUACGAUUUGCGCCCUGAUGCUAUCUCAAUCAAAGCAGCCAAAGCGUCCCGUGAUAUCGCUAGUGAUUACAAAUACAAAACAGCUUACCGCAAGCAGCUUGGUCACCAUGUUGGAUGCCGUGACAUUCAGGAUGACCCCAAGAUGGUUUGGUCCAUGCACGUGGCCAAGAUCCAGAGUGACCGGGAAUACAAGAAGGACUUUGAGAAAACAAAGACCAAGUUCAACAUGCCAGUCGACAUGCUGGACAUCCUGUUGGCCAAGAAAUGCCAGACACUGGUCAGUGACAUUGACUACAGACAUUACCUGCACCAAUGGACCUGCCUGCCAGACCAAAAUGAUGUGAUCCAGGCAAGGAAGGCCUAUGAUCUGCAAAGUGAUAUUCUAUACAAAUCAGACCUUGGGUGGCUAAAGGGCAUCGGAUGGUCUCCUAUAGAUUCACUAGACGUGGCCAAAGUCAAAAAAGCUGGAGAGAUCCUGAGUGAGAACAAUUACCGUCAGCACCCUUCCAAGUUGAAGUUCACCAGUUUGUCUGACUCCAUGGAUAUGACCCUGGCAAAGAAUAAUGCACAGAUCAUGAACAAGCGUGCAUACAUCGAAGCCUGGGAAGCAGACAAGACUAAAAUUCAUGUCAUGCCAGAUACUCCAGAGAUAAUAUUGGCGAGACAGAACCAGAUGACCUGCAGUGAUAAACUGUACAGACUCGCUAUGGAGGAAGAUAAGAAGAAGGGCUAUGAUUUGCGCCCUGAUGCUAUCUCAAUCAAAGCAGCCAAAGCGUCCCGUGAUAUCGCUAGUGAUUACAAAUACAAAACAGCUUACCGCAAGCAGCUUGGUCACCAUGUUGGAUGCCGUAACCUUCAGGAUGACCCCAAGAUGGUUUGGUCCAUGCACGUGGCCAAGAUCCAGAGUGACCGGGAAUACAAGAAGGACUUUGAGAAAACAAAGACCAAGUUCAACAUGCCAGUCGACAUGCUGGACAUCCUGUUGGCCAAGAAAUGCCAGACACUGGUCAGUGACAUUGACUACAGGCAUUACCUGCACCAGUGGACCUGUCUACCAGACCAGAAUGAUGUGAUCCAGGCAAGGAAGGCCUAUGAUUUGCAGAGUGAUCUGUCGUACAAAUCAGAUUUGGAAUGGCUUCGUGGCAUUGGAUGGAGUCCUGUCGAUUCACUUGACAUUCAGAAAGUUAGGAAAGCUGGAGAGAUUCUGAGCGAAAAGAAUUAUCGACAGCCACCGAGUGCACUUAAGUUCACAAGCAUUCUUGAUUCUCUCGAACUGGUUUUAGCCAAGAACAAUGCUAAAAAUCUCAACAAACGCUUAUACACAGAAGCUUGGGAUAAUGAUAAAACCACUAUUCAUGUCAUGCCAGACACCCCUGAAAUUAAUCUGGCCAAAAGCAACUCAGCUAACAUCAGUCAGAAACUGUACCAUCAAGCAUGGGAGGAUUCCAAGCUAAAAGGUUAUGAUUUGCGAGCUGAUGCCAUUCCAAUCAAGGCAGCAAAGGCCUCCAGAGACAUUGCAAGCAUGUACAAAUACACAGAGGCCUAUCGGAAGCAGCUUGGCCACCACAUUGGAUGCCGUGACAUUCAGGAUGACCCCAAGAUGGUUUGGUCCAUGCAUGUGGCCAAGAUUCAGAGCGACCGGGAAUACAAGAAGGACUUUGAGAAAACAAAGACCAAGUUCAACAUGCCAGUUGACAUGCUGGACAUCCUGUUGGCCAAGAAAUGCCAGACACUGGUCAGUGACAUUGACUACAGGCAUUACCUGCACCAAUGGACCUGCCUGCCAGACCAGAAUGAUGUGAUCCAGGCAAGGAAGGCCUAUGAUUUGCAGAGUGAUUUGCUGUACAAGGCCGACAUGGAAUGGAUCCGCGGCUGUGGCUGGAUCCCGAAUGAUUCUCUCGAUGUUAAAAAAGUACAAAGGGCUCAGGAGAUUCUUAGUGAGCGUCACUACCGCCAGCCCCCGGACAAGUUCAGCUUCACCAGCAUUGUUGACCAUCCCAGCAUAAUCCAGGCUAAAAUCAACUCUGACCUAUUGAGUGACCGCCUAUACCGUAGUGCUUGGGAGAAUGACAAACUCAUAAUUCAUCUUCCUAAUGAUACACCUGAGAUGGUGUUGUCUAAACAGAACUCUGCCAACAUCAGUUCGAAACUAUAUAAACUCAAUUGGGAAGAGUCUAAGAAGGAUGGCUAUGACUUAAGGAACGAUGCCAUCUCAAUCAAGGCUGCCAAAGCUUCCAGAGAAAUUGCUAGUGAUUACAAAUACAAAGAAGCCUACCGCAAGCAGCUUGGUCACCAUAUUGGAUGCCGUGACAUUCAGGAUGACCCAAAGAUGGUUUGGGCCAUGCACAUGGCCAAGAUUCAAAGUGACCUGGAAUACAAGAAGGACUUUGAGAAAACAAAGGCCAAGUUCAACAUGCCAGUCGACAUGCUAGACAUCCUGUCGGCCAAGAAAUUCCAGACUCUGGUCAGCGACAUUGACUACAGACAUUACCUGCACCAGUGGACCUGCCUGCCAGACCAGAAUGAUGUGAUCCAGGCAAGGAAGGCCUAUGAUUUGCAGAGCGAUUUGCUUUACAAGUCCGAUAUGGAAUGGAUUCGUGGCUGUGGCUGGAUGCCAAAUGAUUCUCUUGAUGUUAAGAAAGUGCAGAAAGCCCAGGAGAUCCUAAGUGAACGUCACUACCGUCAACCCCCGGAUAGGUUCAGUUUCACCAGCAUUGUUGAUGAUCCCAACAUAGUUCAAGCUAAAAUCAACGCGAACCAACUAAGUGCUGCAAAAUAUAAGGAAGCUUGGGAAAAAGACAAGGUACAGAUCCAUGUCCUUCCUGAUACACCAGAGAUUUUGUUGGCUAAAUCCAAUGCUGCUAAUGUUAGUCAGAAACUUUACAAGGAGGGCUGGGAAGAUGCAAAGAAAAGCAUUGACUAUCGUGCUGAUGCCAUUGACAUCCAACAUGCUAAAGCAUCUCGAAACAUUGCAAGUGAUUACCAAUAUAAAGAAAUCUAUCGCAAGCAACUUGGUCACCACAUCGGAGGCCGUGAUAUGUAUGAUGACCCCAAAAUGGUUUGGUGUAUGCAUGUAGGCAAGAUGCAGAGCAAGAAGGAGUACAGGAACAAUUAUGAGAAAACAAAGGCCAAUAUUAACGUGCCACCUGACAUGAUGGACAUUGUAAUGGGCAAAAUAUGUCAGGCACGGGUCAGUGAGAUUGACUACAGACAUUACCUACAUGAAUGGACCUGUCUACCAGACCAGAAUGAUGUGAUCCAGGCAAAGAAAGCAUAUAAUUUGCAAAGUGAUGUCAAUUACAAAUCAGAUAUGGAGUGGCUGCGUGGAAUUGGAUGGAUUCCAACCGAUUCUGUAGAUGUUAAGAAAGUAAAGCAUGCCCAGGACAUUUUAAGUGAUAGAAAUUACCGGACGAAAGCAGAUGCUCUCCAGUUUACACCAGUGACUGACAGAAUUGAUUAUGUUACAGCUAAACAGAGUGGGGACAUUUUGAAUGAUAUCAAGUAUCGUGAGGCCUGGCAUGCCUGUAAGACAAAGUACACACUGGUGGAUUCACCAACGAUGGUUGCAGCACGGAAUGCAGCUAGAAACCUUAAUGAAAAAUUGUACAAAGAUGGUUGGGAGAAGCUGAAGGCAACUGGUUACAAAAUGCCAGUUGAUGCCGUGUCAAUCUGCCAUGCCAGAGCAUCACAAGACAAACAGAGUGAGCUUAAAUAUAAGGCUGACUAUGUCAAGCAACGUGGCCAUCAUAUUGGAUGUCACGAUCUUCACGAUGACCCCAAAAUGGUUUGGUGUAUGCAUGUUGGCAAGAUGCAGAGCAGCAAGGAGUACAGGAAGGAAUUUGAGAAAACUAAGGCUAAUGUAAAUGUGCCACUUGACAUGUUGGACAUCGUGAUGUCUAAGAUAUGCCAGGGACGGGUCAGUGAGAUUGACUACAGACAUUACUUACAUGAAUGGACCUGUCUGCCAGACCAGAAUGAUGUGAUCCAGGCAAAGAAGGCUUAUGAUUUGCAGAGUGAUUACCUGUACAAGUCAGACCUUGAAUGGGUACGUGGUUGUGGUUGGAUUCCCUUGGAUUCAGUUGAGCAUAAAAAGGUGAAAAAUGCACAGGCGAUAUUAGAUGAAAAAGCUUAUAAAGAAAAGGCUGUUGCUAAUUUUGCCAAGUUUACACCAAUUACAGACAUGCCAGAGGUUGUACAGGCCAAGAUAAAUACAAACAACUUGAGUGAUCUGAAGUACAAAGAGACAUUUAACCUUGACAAGGGCAAGUAUAUUGGUGCUGCUGACUAUCCCCAUUUGGCUCAUUCAAGGAAAAUGGCAAAGCAUAUUAGUCAGAAAGUUUAUAAGGAUGACUGGGAUAGCCACAAAGCUUUAGGAUACACCUUGCCUCCAGACUAUCUGCCACUGGUUGUUGCUAAACAUGCUGAUAACGUAAGCAGUGAAUUGAAGUACAAGGAGCUGUAUGAAAAACUCAAAGGGCAUUACUUGGCUGGAGGAGAUAUCAAGGACUUCCCUGCUGUAAUCCAUGCAAUGGCUAUGGAUAAAAUGAGGAACAUGCUGGAAUAUAAGAAGAAUUACGAAGAUACUAAGGCUGCAGUUCACCUCCCCAAUGACAUGAUUAGCAAUGUUGUGGCAAAGAGAUGCCAACAUAUUCUCAGCGACCUUGAAUACCGCACCUACCUUCAUCAUUGGACCUGCCUGCCUGAUGAGCAUGAUGUAAUCCACGCAAAGAAAGCACAAGAGAUCCUAAGUGAUUUUGUGUAUAAGGAUGACCUGAACUGGCUGAAGGGCAUGGGCUGCUUUGCCUGGGACACUCCAGAAAUUCUACGAGCCAAACACUCCUAUGACUUACAGAGUGAAAUCAAAUACAGAACUGAUGGAAAGAAAAAUUUUGAGAACUACUCUGUGAUCACAGAUACACCAGUCUAUGUGACAGCCGUCCAGAGUGGCCUUCAAUUAAGUGAUGUUAGGUACAAAGAGGACUAUGAGAAAAACAAGGACAAAUACACAACUGUUUUAGACACUGUGGAUUACAACAGGACCAAAGGCCUCAAAGCUAUGUUUAGCAGUAAUGCCUACAAACUGGCCUGGGAUAAGGUGAAAGCAACAAGUUAUACAAUGCCAGGAGAUUCAUUUUCGAUAGCUCUGGCCAAGAAUCAGAAAGACAUUCUUAGCCCAAUAAAGUAUCGGGAAGAGUAUGAAAAGUUCAAGGCUCUCUACACACUGCCACGCUCUGUGGAGGAUGAUCCACAUACCGUGCAAUGUCUGAAAGCUGGCAAGUUGAGCCUUGAUCGACUAUACAGGCAAAAUUAUGAAAAUAACAAAAUGAAGGUGCACAUCAUGCCAGACAUGCUGGAAGUGGUUGCUGCCAAAGACUCCCAAGCCAAAGUCAGCUACAUUGACUAUCGCAAGUAUCUCCAUGAAUGGACGUGCCUGCCAGAUCUACAGAUUAACAUACAUGCCAAGAAGGUCUGCGAGCAACUGAGUGAUGUUCUGUACAAAGAUGAUCUCAACUGGCUUAAAGGAAUUGGUUGCAACGUCUGGGACACUCCUCAGAUACUUCACGCUAAGAAAUCCUAUGAUCUACAAAGUGAUAUUCAAUACAAGGCCAAGGCUGAGGCAUCAAGGGACCAGUUCACCCCAGUCAUGGAUACUCCCGUUUAUCGGCAGAAUGUCACCAACACUCAACAGUUGAGCGAUUUUGUGUAUCACAAUUCCUAUAUGACAAAUAUCAAAGGUACGGUUGCUCCAACCACAAAGACUGUGGAUCUGGAUCGAGCUAGACAUGCCUAUAAGUUACAGAGUGAGAAUCUUUAUCGUGAUACAGGCCGAAGCCUUCUCCCCACCGGAUAUACCAUUCCAGCAGAUAUCCCAUUCUUAAAGCAUGCCAAAAAUGUUGACCAUAACCGCAGUGAUCUGAAGUAUAAAGAAGCUUAUGAACAUAUGAAAGCAAGAGGUUACAAGCUGAUCCCAGAAACCAUCAGCAUCACUGCAGCCAAGAAAGCAGAUCUUAUUUUAAACCAGCGACUGUAUCGAUUGCAUUAUGACACUCACAAAGACAAGAUUCACCCAACGCAUGACACUCCAGAACUUCGCCAAGUCAAAGCUACACAGGAGGCAAUCAGUGAUCUGGCAUAUAAGUCGGACUACUUCCGGUUCAAGGGUCAGAAGAUUUCCCUUCCCAUCACUCCUGAGCUACUCCAUCACCGAUAUGUUGGCAUCAUCACUAGCAAUAAUAAAUACAAGGAAGAUCUCCAGUGGCUGAGGGGCAUUGGAUGCUUCUUGUAUGGAACGCCUGAAAUGAUACGAGUGCGUGACUUCCACAAAUUCUGGACUGGCUAUGACAAAGCUGCCAAAAAAAUACGUGACAAGCAUACUUCAGUUCUUGAUACUCCUGAAUAUAGACGUGUGACGGAACUGAAAACUCACUUGAGCAAUUUGGUAUACCGUGCUCAAGGAAAUGAAGCAAAGACAAAAUACACAACAAGGCUUGAUACUGUGGAUCUAAACCGAGCCAAACAUGGCCAGAAAAUACAGAGUCAGUACCUGUAUGUUGAAUUAGCUACAAAAGAUAGACCACAUUACAUUCCUCAUGAACAUACUACAUCCCUGGAUCACGCUAAGCAUGUCAAAGAUUUUGCCAGUGAGAAAAAGUACAAGGAACAAUAUGAGAAAUUCAAGAGUAAAUACACUACAAUUCCAGACACUCCAACGUUGUUGAUUUCUAAGAAAGCAUACAUAAUCGCCAGUGAUUUACGCUAUAAGGAAGCCUUUGAACAUGCUAAAGGUCAUUACCGUACAGUGAAAGAUGCUCUGAACAUUGUCUACCAUCGCAAAGUCACAGAUGAUAUCAGUGAGGUCAAAUACAAGGAGAAAUACAUCCAACAGUUGGGACUGUGGAGAUCAAUCCCCGACCCACCUGAGAACAUGCACCACCGUAUGGUGACUGACGCCAUCAGCACUGUUAAAUACAAAGAAGACUUGGGAUGGCUGAGAGGAAUUGGUUGCUAUGCAUGGGACACUCCUGAUUUGAUGUUGGCAGAAAAGAACAAAGAGCUCUACAGCCAGUACAAGUACCGAGAAUCAGUUGCAAAACUAAGAAACAACUUCAAGUACACUGCAGAUACACCGCACAUCCGGCAUGCUCAGGCGGCAACAGCAAUUUUAGAUGAGAAGUCAUACAAAGCUUUCUAUGAGAAGCAGAAGAGCAAGUAUACCUUGGUUUUGGAUGAUCCUAGAAACCUUCUAGCCAAAAGGUCGGGGCGACUAAGUAGCCAGCAAUCAUAUAAGUCUGAAGCCAAAUUCAAAUUAAGGCGAGGAUGCAAUGAACUUCUACGGCCUGAUAUGCUGACUGCCAUAUACAACUCAAUUUUAGGGAGCCAGUGGAUUUAUAAAAAGGACUACGAAAAGGCAAAAGACAAAUACACGUCCAUUUUUGAGACUCCUGACAAUAUCCGAACUAAGAACGUGACGAAGCUCAUCAGUGAUAUUAAAUAUAAACUGGAGCAUAACCGGGACAGAGCUAAGGGCUAUACUUCUAUCCAUGACACACCGAUGCUGUUACACAUGCGAAGUGUGAAGGACAAAAUUAGUGAUUUGAAAUACAAAGAGAAUUAUGAACGCAACAAAGCUAAUUGCAACAUUCACGGUGAUGCAUUUUCGAUUAGGGCUGCCAAGAGUGCAUACAAGAACACAACUAAUCUUGAUUACAAGAAGAAGUAUGAGGCCACCAAAGCCAAAUGGAUGUGGACUGCAGACAGACCUGACUUUGUACAGGCUUACAAGGCCUCACAGCAGCAGAGUGAGGUGGAUUACAAAUUGGACAGAGAAUAUUUGAAAGGUUGCAAGAUCUCAGUGCCUGUCUAUGGAGAUAAGAACAUGAUACUAGCUGUAGAAAAUACAGACUUGGCCAGUGGGAUAAAAUACAAGCUGAAGCAUGAGAAAGAAAGAGGCAUUUACCAAGCAGUUCCAGACACACCACAGAUGCUCCAUGCCAAAUCUGUCAUUAACCUAAUGUCUGAGAAAAAGUACAAAGAAGCUGUUAAGAAGGAGCUUCCCCAUGCUGCUUACAUGAAGUUGCCUGAGACCCGUGGGACUUCACACGUUAGAGAGGUGUCAAAGUUACUGAGUGGGAAACUGUACAAGGAGCAGUUUGAGAAAGACAAAGGCAAGUCCUCAUAUUCCAUUAUGAUGGAACCCCCAGAUGUGAAACACGCAAUGAAUGUGGCCAAAUGUCAGAGUAAUAUCGAUUAUAAGAAAGAUGCUAAAUCCAAACUUGCUUACACAUCUGUAGCAGAUCGUCCAGAUAUUCUAAAAGCCACUGAAGCUGCCAAGUUAAUAAGUGAUAUUGGAUACAGGACGAAAGCACGUGAGGAGGCUAGUCGCGGUAUAAUCAGCCUUGGACGCCCAGACAUUGAACUUGCCAAAGAGGUUUCCAAACUUACCAGCCAGGUGGAAUAUACCAAACAGAAACUCAGAGGUCAUGGAGCUGCUUCAUAUGAUACUCCCACGAUGAGGGUUGCAAAGAAAGCAAACAUCCUCUCAAGCAACAUUAAGUACAAAGAGAAGUUCGAGAAAGAGUUUAAGGGACAGAGGCCGAAGUUUGAUUUGAAGGAAAGCUCAGGAUACAAGUCGAUGAAGGAUGCAAACAUUUUUGCUAGUGAAGUUAUAUACAAGCAGGAUCUGAAGAAGAUGCACAAACCUGUAACAGAUAUGUCUGAAUCCUUACAAAUGCAGCAUAAUCUUUCCACUAGCAAGCUGUCAAGUCAAUACCUGUACAAGAAGGAGUUUGAGAAGAGUAAAGGUCACUACCAAUUGGUGUCCGAUUCACCCGAACAAAUUCAUCUAAAGGAAGCAACUGAGUUACAAAGCCAAGUAAAAUACAAGGAGCAGUAUGAGAAAGAAAGAGGCAAGGCAAUGCUCGACUUUGAGACACCUGUUUAUAUUACUGCUAUGGAAACUCAGCACAUGCAGAGUGAGAAAAAAUAUAAGAAGGAUUUGGAAGAGCACAUAAAAGGCAGGAACCUUUCUGGUUUGGAGAUUACACCCGCAAUGUUGCAUGUCAAAUAUGCAACUAAAAUAGGCUGUGAGAAAGAAUACAGGAAGGAUCUUGAAGAAGGUGUGAAGGGUAAGGGCUUAAUGGUGGUUGACGAGACUCCUGAGAUGAUGCGAGCAAGGAAUGCCACGUACAUUCUUAACGAGAAAGAGUACAAGAGAUCAUUGGAAGAAGAAAUCAAGGGCAAAGGGCUUGUGGCACUUGCUAAUGAAACACCUGACUUUGCCAGAGCCAAGAACGCCACAGAAAUUUUAAGUCAGGUAAAAUACAAGCAGUUGGCUGAAAUGGACAGGCCUAAUUACACAACAGUUAUAGAUACACCCGAUAUAAUCCACGCUCAUAAUGUGAAGAAUUUGAGCAGCCAGAAACAAUACAAGGCAGAAGCUGUGAAGACCAUGUCUCAAUAUGUCUCGGUAACAGAUACACCCGAGAUGCACAGAGUCCGUGAAAACCAGAAGAACAUCAGUACACUUCAGUACACUUCAGAACUUAAACACAUUAAAGGAAAGGUUACCACAGUAAAAGACACACCUGAAAUCCUGCGAGCUAAGGAAAACCAAAAGAAUUUCAGCUUGAUCGCAUAUAAAGAAGAAGUUGGUACAGGGACAUCAAUUAAAGAAACACCAGAGAUGGAGAGAGUCAAAAGAACACAGGAGGCCAUUAGUUCGAUUAAAUACAAGGAAAAUGUUGGUCAAGGAACUGCAAUCUCUGACCUGCCUGAGGUGAAGCGUGUGAAGGAGACACAGAAGAACAUCAGCUCGAUCAAAUACAAGGAAAAUGUUGGUCAAGGAACUGCAAUCUCUGACCUGCCUGAGAUUCAGCGUGUAAAAGAGACACAGAAGAACAUCAGCUCGAUCAAAUACAAGGAAAAUGUUGGUCAAGGAACUGCAAUCUCUGACCUACCUGAGGUGCAGCGUGUGAAGGAGACACAGAAGAACAUCAGCUCGAUCAAAUACAAGGAAAAUGUUGGUAAAGGAACUGCAAUUUCUGACCUGCCUGAGGUGCAGCGUGUGAAGGAAACACAGAAGAACAUCAGUUUGAUCAAAUACAAGGAAAAUGUUGGUCAAGGAACUGCAAUCUCCGACCUGCCUGAGGUGCAGCGUGUGAAGGAGACACAGAGAAACAUCAGCUUGAUCAAAUACAAGGAAAAUGUUGGUCAAGGAACUGCAAUCUCUGACCUGCCUGAGGUGAAGCGUGUGAAGGAGACACAGAAGAACAUUAGCUCGAUCAAGUACAAGGAAAAUGUUGGUCAAGGAACUGCAAUCUCUGACCUGCCUGAGGUGCAGCGUGCGAAGGAGACACAGAAGAACAUCAGCUCGAUCAAAUACAAGGAAAAUGUUGGUCAAGGAACUGCAAUCUCUGACCUACCUGAGGUGCAGCGUGUGAAGGAGACACAGAAGAACAUCAGCUCGAUCAAGUACAAGGAAUGUAUUGGGAAAGGAACUGCAAUCUCUGACCUGCCUGAGGUGAAGCGUGUAAAAGAGACACAGAAGAACAUCAGCUCGGUCUUAUACAAAGAGAACCUGGGUAAAGGGACUGCAGUGGUGUACACCCCAGAGAUGCAGCGCGUUAAACGCAAUCAAGAAAACAUUAGCUCGAUACUAUACUCUGACAGCUUCCGGAAGCAAGUACAAGGUCGGGCAGCUUAUGUAUUGGACACACCAGAGAUGAGACGUGUUCGGGAUUCUCAGCGCAACAUAUCAACGGUGAAAUACCAUGAAGACUUUGAGAAAACCAAGGGAAGCUUCACGCCUGUAGUCACUGAUCCUAUUACAGAGCGUGUGAAGAAAAACAUGCAAGACUUCAGCGACAUCAGCUACCGUGGCAUUCAAAGACGGGUCGUGGAGAUGCAGAGGCGACGUGUGGAAAAUGAAGCCGAGAGCCUCACAGAUUUGCGUGUGUGGCGCACUAACCCUGGCUCAGUCUUUGACUAUGAUCCAGCUGAAGACAACAUUCAGUCAAGGAGUUUGCACAUGCUAAGCAUUCAAGCCCAGCGUCGCAGCCGGGAGCACUCACGUUCUGCCAGCGCUCUGAGCUUGAGUGGUGGAGAUGAGAAAUCAGAACUUUCUGAACCUGAUCAGACCAUUACUUACUACAAUGGAAACAACUUCUUCCAGACAACAACCACUGGCUACCAACACCCCAAAACCACUGUCCUACCACAGCAGAGAUCAUCCUCUGUUGCUACACAGCAGACCACUGUGUCGUCCAUUCCCUCUCACCCUUCAACAACUGGCAAAACCUACCGUGCCAUAUAUGAUUAUUCAGCAGCUGAUGCAGAUGAAAUCUCUUUCAAAGAUGGUGAUGUCCUUACGAAUGUGCAGUCAAUUGAUGAAGGAUGGAUGUAUGGUACUGUGCAAAGGACUGGGAUGACAGGCAUGUUGCCAGCCAACUACGUGGAUGCUAUUUAAGUUAGAUCUAUUCUUCCUCACAGACUUCCCACACUCCCCUCCUAAACACAAACACGUCACAAGUAACCCAUAAAAUAUAUGAUGUUUUCAAAUGGAACUUAGUUUCUUACAGACAAAAACAACCUCCCAUUGUAUAUCCAACUCUCUUAUUAACCCAUGUUACAAAACAUGACAAAUCCUGGGUACAUACAAAGAAAAAGUGGUACCUAAGUUGUUCACCUGGUAUAACUGAUACUUCUGCUGUAAUGAAACUAGUAAAUACUGUUCAAAUUCUUUUCACCAUCAUUUAACUCUACAAACAUCUAACUUGUAUUCAGAGACGUGCUCCAGUGUUAUAUCCAAACCAGUUAGUCUCAUCUGAAGUAGGAAAAUGUAUUAUCUAGCAUAACUUGCUCAGACAAAUGUGAUUUCAGUACAAUUCUACUUAAUCAACUAUAAUAUUAUUUCUGUAUCCUGACAAAUACGUAGUUAGUUUGCAAAUUCAUUACAAGAGCUUUUCAAAAAAAAGGGUGCCAGUGAAAGACUUGGUUUUCAUUAACCGGAGACCUUUUUGAUGGAGGUGAUUAAAGAACUUAAUAGCUUCCAUACUUCACUGCUCAAGGUGAACUUGUACAUGUAUUGUCUGUUUUCUCAUCACCUGAUAACUAGCUGCGGGGUCAAAUAAAGCUGUUUCUGCAAAA